AUGAUAGAUGGCCCUCGCGAAUCACUGUCAACCUACACGAGGGAGCGUGUAAAGUCAAUAUAUCAGGAUGGACUGGAAUGGAAGAAGACCAACUCUAUUGGCCAGCCUAGGACCUUUCACGCUCGAGCCAUAGACCACGAUGCGACGAGCGACCUAUUCUAUAUUUUUACGGCGGCUCGGCAAAAGGAACGGCUGAGAGAAAUGAGCAGAUCUUACUUCCACGCUGUCCGAGAACCCCAAGAUCAUGUCGCUCAGCUCGAUCAGAAGAUAGCGGCUUUGAUUGAUUGCUGUUACGAUGGCAUCCUCGACGAGGACUAUAUGGUCUCGAAGGCUUGCGCUCUAUUAUCUCGCAUGCCUGCUACUCCUCCUCUUACGCAGGCCUUGAUUGCGAUGUUUCGAGGCAGUAAGUUCAACUGGCUUUACUUCGAAGGUGUACAUGACAGCCACGUUCCUUUGGACCGGGACACCUGGGAUAAGCUGCUCGUGACUAGAUGGUUCGACACAAACACCAUCAAGAUUGCCUUGACCAUUGUCCAGGUACAUGAUGCAAAAAAUAGCAUUCUCGUGGAUCUUUUUGGGGAGUACCUCAUCACCCUGGCCGAGAUUUCGGAGUCGACCUUUUCGUUGCUCUAUCACUGCAACGAUGCCGUGGAACAGCAGUCUUGGUUACUGGCCUCGAGUUUUCUCUGGACAUGCUGGUAUCGGGGCCUCAUGCUAUAUCUCCACAGCGCUCUGCACUUUCACUUGCAACUUGGAUAUGAUGUCCAGAAGCUUUACAGACUUAACAUGAGGCAUCCACUGCCGCAAAUGGGCCUACACUGGUUACCUUUAAAACCGUCACAAUACCUGUGCCCUUGGGCAUUCGAGCUGCUGCGAUCAGAUAGAGCUUCUGUCAGCCAGGAUUUUCGUCGUUUUCACCAGCGCUUUUCAGCACUCCAUGGUCAAAGACCAGCUCGAUGCCUAGGUGGACCAUGUCGCCCGUGCAGUGGACAAGGCCCGACAUAUUGUCAACGUUUCACAGGCUUAAAAAUAGUUGACCAGUCUGCUCAUGAUGCAUCUUGUGACGGGCAAUGCCAGAGCUUGUUGUGGGACGAGACGAGCUAUCGCAGUGUCUCCGGUGCGAGAGCAGUAUCCAUCACUGACUCGGAUGGCGGCUACAUUCGUUACUGCCGAGCUUCUCCCCAGACCAUUGCUGUGUCGCACGUGUGGGCUCAUGGUGCGGGUGGCAGGCCGCACACCGGCUUCAACGACUGUCUACACCAACGUCUCGUCCGAAUUGCUCGAGAAAACAAUUGCGACAGUUAUUGGAUGGACACACCCUGUAUACCAGAGGAUCAUCAACUUCGUGCUGAAGCGAUUACAUAUAUCAACGAGGUGUUUCACACAAGCAGCAUGACCCUGGUCUGGGAUCGUGAUCUUAUGGCGAUUGACAUAUCUCACGCGUCGAUAGAGACACAAGAGGCUAUCCUGUGCACCCUACUGGUUUGUGACUGGGCUCUUAGGUCUUGGACUCUACUAGAGUCGAUGCGUGCACGGCAUAAUAUCCAUCUGCUGUGCAAGGAUAACAAGACCAUUGCGCUGAGAGACUGCCUUCUAAACGUCCACCACGACGGUGCGAUCGACAUUGCAACAUUACUCCUCACAAGCCAACAGCUUCUGCCGACAGCGAAAUACGACGUCGAAUCACCCGAUGAAGAAAUUCUCAAGCAAAUGGAGGGUUACGUCCCCGUCGAGGAAGCCCUGCACCUGUUGGCUCGUCGACAUGCAUCCAGACCAGGAGACAGUAUUGUGAUCUUGAGCCUGCUCAUUGACGACAAGCCAGUUUAUACUGCAGAGGCAUUCUGGAAGUCGAAGAUAGGCUAUUCCUUAAGCACAGGUGUGCUGUUUUCGUCCCAGCCAAGGCUUCGGUGCAAGGGAUUCCGAUGGGCACCUUCUCAACCAGAGUUGCCGCUGGCUGUGUCGAACAGGGUUUCCCCAUACUCCCAAGAACACUUAUUCGAUGGCUCACGGACGACGAUCGCGAUAAUUACCCCAGACGGUCUCGAUGGCAGGUUUGCCACUUUCGAAAUUCCUGAAUUGGGGCAGGAGCCGCGCGAGAACACUGCACUUACUAGCCUAAUCCAGAAACUUCCCUGGUUAGGCCACCGAGGGCGUGAGCCCGUCCAGGCACGCAUUCUCCGUGGCCACUUUCAACUUGGGAAAUAUCAACACUCAAUGCUGCUUCUUCCCGUGCAUGACAAUACCUCGCGAGGCGCUCUGUUCCACGCGUACCGCGGCCGGUCGAACGGACUGGUAUUUGCUGUGGUAGGCUCAAAUGAUGAAGAUAGACGGACAUGGCAAUGGCUUGGGACUUUUGAAUGGGAUCUCAAUUCCCCUCCUCAUCCUAAGGUGAGGAAGGAACGGGAGAAGAUAUUCAUUGUCUGA